AUGCGGCACGACGCCGUCAUCCCCGGGCAAACGCGUAUUCAUCUCCCGUCCCCCUCCGCGCCACAGUCCCAGGACGCGUACGCCUUCGCCAGCUCGUCGAACUCUCCGCUUCGUUCUGGCGACGACGCUUACAUUCCGACUUCCGAUGCCGAAGUGCGAAGGAUUCUCGGCCUCAGUCCUGAUCAGGAGCUGAGCCUCAGAGCUCUCCCUGACCCGGCCCCCGGUCAACGCCCUGGUCAAUCAAUCCCUACGCUCUCUCAGUUGGCCAUCCUCGGCAGCCCGAACAAACGGUUGACUCUACAAGAAAUCUAUCAGGCGCUAGAGGAGAGGUUUGAAUGGUUCGCUCUCAACAAAGACGACAAGUCGUGGCAGAACUCCAUUCGACACAAUCUCUCCCUCUACAAGUGCUUCCGGAGGAUCCAGAAGCCCAUCACGGAGCCGGGGAAAGGCAGCUACUGGGUCGUGGAC